AUGGCAGGCAACAUGGGCUCAGCUAUUCUGAGCGGACUGCUCGAUGCGACACGGUCGCAAUCUGAUCCGCCCAUCUUAGGUUUCAUUGCCAUCACUGAGACUGCUGAGUCUGCAGACCGUCUACGAUGCCGGUUUGAGCAAGAGAAUUCGCGGCUACUGGUGCGCCACGGCCGUGGCUCCAGUGUUUGGGCCAUGGAGCAAGCCGAUAUUGUCAUCCUGGGUUGCAAACCACAUAUGGCAGAGCUUGUUCUUGGGGAAGAGGGUGUCCGUGACGCUCUCAGUGGAAAGUUCCUAAUCAGUGUCCUAGGAGGCAAGACGCCCCAAGUACUCGAAAGCUAUAUACACAAGAAUGAUGACACAGGCCGAGGGCCCUAUGUUGUCCGCGCCAUGCCCAACGUUGCGGCACGAGUGCGCAAGUCAAUGACUAUUAUCGAGCAUAAUCCCACUCUUCCCCACGACUUAGACGAUAUCCUAAGCUGGAUAUUCAGUCAAAUCGGGGAGGUUAAAGUUCUGGAAACGGAUCAGUUUGAUAUUGGCUCCAUGCUGGUUGGGUCCUCAAUGGCCAUUCUGUCUGUAGCAUUGGAUGGAAUCCUCGACGGCUGCGUGAUGGAAGGGAUACGGAGGUCCGAGGCAUUGGAAAUGGCAGCACAGAGCCUACUAGGCAUGGCCGAGUUGCUGCGUCAGGGCGAGCAGCCGGCAGCCUACCGUGAGGGUGUUUCCUCACCCAAAGGGGCUACUAUUGCAGGAAUAUUGACUGUCGAGAAAGCCGGCGUAAGGGGCACAUUUGCCCAGUCAAUGAUAGACGGGACACGGAGGUUACAAGGAUAA